CGCUCCGUUUUUCGUGCCUGCUACAGCUUCGCUUCCUUAACACGUCGUCGAGAGCCCACGCAGCCGCCGCCACCAUGUCGCUCUCCAACAAGCUCAACAUUACCGAUGUCGACCUCAAGGGCAAGAGGGUCCUGAUUCGGGUCGACUUCAACGUGCCUCUCGACGAGAACAAAAAGGUCACCAACCCGCAGCGCAUUGUCGGCGCCGUGCCCACCAUCAAGUAUGCCAUCGACCACGGCGCCAAGGCCGUCGUGCUCAUGUCGCACCUGGGCCGCCCCAACGGCGAGGCCAACCCCAAGUACUCGCUCAAGCCCGUCGUCCCCGAGCUCGAGAAGCUGCUCGACGGCAAGACGGUCACCUUUGCCCCCGACUGCGUCGGCCCCGAGGUCGAGGCCCUCGUCAGCAAGGCCGACGGCGGCGCCGUCGUUUUGCUCGAGAACCUGCGCUUCCACAUCGAGGAGGAGGGCAGCGCCAAGGACAAGGACGGCAACAAGACAAAGGCCGACAAGGCCAAGGUCGAAGAAUUCCGCAAGGGCCUGACGGCCCUCGGCGACGUCUACAUCAAUGAUGCCUUUGGCACCGCCCACCGCGCGCACUCGUCCAUGGUCGGCGUCGACCUACCCCAAAAGGCCGCCGGCUUCCUCAUGAAGAAGGAGCUCGACUACUUCGCCAAGGCGCUCGAGUCGCCGCAGCGUCCCUUCCUGGCCAUCCUGGGCGGCGCCAAGGUCUCGGACAAGAUCCAGCUCAUCGACAACCUGCUCGACAAGGUCAACACGCUCAUCAUCUGCGGCGGCAUGGCUUUCACCUUCAAGAAGGAGCUCGACGGCAUGGCCAUUGGCAACUCGCUGUUCGAUGAAGCCGGCGCCAAGACGGUGCCCGACCUGAUGAAGAAGGCCAAGGACAAGGGCGUCAAGGUGGUGCUCCCGGUCGACUACAUCACGGCCGACAAGUUCGCCAAGGACGCCAAGACGGGCAAGGCCUCGGACGAGGACGGCAUCCCCGAGGGCUGGAUGGGCCUCGACUGCGGUGACAAGUCGGUCGAGCUGUACAAGGAGGCCAUUGCCGACGCCAAAACCAUUCUGUGGAACGGCCCCGCCGGCGUCUUCGAGUUCCCCAACUUUGCCCACGGCACAAAGGCCACGCUCGACGCCGUCGUCGAUGGCUGCCAAAAGGACGGCAAGAUUGUCAUCAUUGGCGGCGGCGACACCGCCACCGUCGCGGCCAACUACGGCGUCGAGGACAAGCUCAGCCACGUCUCCACGGGCGGCGGCGCCAGCCUCGAGCUGCUCGAGGGCAAGGCCCUGCCCGGCGUGGUUGCCCUGUCGAGUAAGUAGAUGGAAUGGUCCUUUUUGUGGCCUCUCCCCCAUGAUGUGUGAAAAAAGAACGCGCGAGAUGCCGUUGCUCUUGUCCGGCAAAAGAGGGGGCUAGUUUGACUCGUGUACAGGUCGGCAAGGCAUGUCUCUGCUGUAGGAAGAGUAAGGAUGUGAAAUGUAUACACAACAAAAAAGAUGGCAAAUGUUUAUACAGGCAGUUGACGUUGUAGGCGUACAAGACUGUGAGGUCACUCGACUGUCGUGUCGUGGCAAGGCCCUGCU